AUGGCAGAGCCAAGGGACAUCAGUCCGGAGAAACAUGUGGCACUAGUAUCAUGGAUCGCUCAGGGCUCGUGGAAGACAGUGUGCUACUUUGUCGAUGAAGAAAAUAGGAUAUCGGAAUCAACCCUGCAUCCUGGCUCGGGGAACUGGGCAGGUACCAAGAAGGUGGAGGACAUUGAAUCGCAUGGUCCCAUUCGCAGUUUAGAUGCCACGUGUGCUGGAGAUGGAGAGAUCAAUCUACUGUAUGUCGCCAAUGGAAAGGUGCAUCAGUGGGGAUAUGAUCUGGAGGACGGCAAGUGGGUGGAUUAUAAGCUGGCAUUUUUCAGGAACGUGGAUGUCAGAAAGGCAGUCAUUAUAUCAGGGCCAGAUGAUAAGGAUGUGGCAUACUUAACCAGACUCAGUCGAGACGCCCCCUUCACCAAACUCGGUAUUGAAGGUUUUGGUCUAGGCGAAUUCCAGAAGGAAGAAGAGGUCUAUUCAGCAUGUGCUGGUCCUGAUGGCUAUAUCAUUUAUCACAAAGAAAUUGGGGGAAGUGAGAUUUUACUCCAGAUAUGGUCUAUUAAGGGCUUUGGGAUGUACCGAGAUGUAUGGGGGCGACGCUUCUUCUACGAGAACUUCAUGAUCCAUACCGUCAGUAGACCCAGGGCUUCACCAAGGGUGUUUCUCUUCAAUGAGGAGAAGAUAGUAGAAUGCACGGAAAAUGGAAAUGGGAAUAUCGAGACGGCAACUGUCGUCGACUUUGAGGAGAAAAUACCAUAUAUCAGUAUUGAUGGUGUCUCGCUGGGAGAAAUGGUCUGCCUGGUGUAUGGAGAUAGGAAGACAGUCAAGAGUGUUAUGAUCAUGUCGAAUGGAGAUGGAAUUGUCAAGAUGCCUGAUAUAAAAUGA